AUGUCGGGCCGAUAUGCUUUUGCCAAAGGCGUGAAGGAGCUCCGGUUCCUCUUCUGCCAAACUUCUCAGCAUAGUGCUGAGGCGAGGUCAUUCCUUAACCGCGCCUAUCCGAUUAUGAAGAAGCACAACCCCACGAUACCUAUCUUGUUGCGGGAGGCCCAGGGCACCAUCCCCAGGGUUUAUGCCAGAUAUGCAGAGUUCGGCCGGGAGAAGAUGGAGUCAUUAGAAGGACUCACAGACAAGCAGAUCGAGGAGACCGUUGCCAAGCUUGUCAAGACGGAAGGAGCAUGA